GGCCUGGGCGGCCGCACCGAGAGCUCCGAGCCCGGAGGCGUCAGGAGGCGUCAGCGCUGCCGCUGGCGGCGACGCGGCCGGGGCGAACAGGCGGCGGCACCAUGUUCUCCCUCAAGCCGCCCAGACCCACCUUCAGGUCCUACCUCCUGCCGCCGCCUCAGACUGAAGAUAAGAUCAAUUCGGAACCGAAGGUUAAAAAACUGGAGCCAGUCCUUCUGCCAGGAGAAAUUGUCGUAAAUGAAGUUAGUUUUGUGAGAAAAUGCAUCGCAACAGACACAAGCCAGUAUGAUUUGUGGGGAAAACUGAUAUGCAGUAACUUCAAAAUCUCCUUUAUUACAGAUGACCCAAUGCCAUUACAGAAAUUCCAUUAUAGAAACCUUCUUCUUGGUGAACAUGAUGUCCCUUUAACAUGUAUUGAGCAAAUUGUGACAGUAAAUGACCACAAGAGGAAGCAGAAAGUCCUAGGCCCCAACCAGAAACUGAAAUUUAAUCCAACGGAGUUAAUUAUUUAUUGUAAAGAUUUCAGAAUUGUUAGAUUUCGCUUUGAUGAAUCAGGUCCUGAAAGUGCCAGAAAGGUAUGCCUUGCAAUAGCUCAUUAUUCCCAGCCAACAGACCUCCAGCUACUCUUUGCAUUUGAAUAUGUUGGGAAAAAAUACCACAAUUCAGGUGACACAAACAAAGUUAAUGGAAUUCCCUCAGGAGAUGGAGGAGAAGGAGGAGGUGGUGGAGCUGGUGGUGGUAGCAGCCAAAAAACUCCACUAUUUGAAACUUACUCAGAUUGGGACAGAGAAAUCAAGAGGACGGGUGCUUCUGGGUGGAGAGUUUGUUCUAUCAACGAGGGUUACAUGAUAUCCACUUGCCUUCCAGAAUACUUUGUAGUGCCGAGUUCUUUAGCAGACCAAGAUCUAAAGAUCUUUUCCCAUUCUUUUGUUGGAAGAAGGAUGCCACUUUGGUGCUGGAGCCACUCUAAUGGAAAUGCUCUUGUGCGAAUGGCCCUCAUCAAAGAUGUGCUACAGCAGAAGAAGAUUGACCAGAGGAUUUGUAAUGCAGUAACUAAAAGUCAUCCACAGAGAAGUGACGUUUACAAAUCGGAUUUGGAUAAGACCUUGCCAAAUAUUCAGGAAGUACAAGCAGCGUUUGUAAAACUUAAGCAACUGUGUGUUAAUGAGCCUUUUGAAGAAACUGAAGAGAAAUGGUUAUCUUCACUGGAAAAUACUCGGUGGUUGGAAUACGUAAGGGCAUUCCUUAAACAUUCAGCAGAACUUGUGUACAUGCUAGAAAGCAAACAUCUCUCUAUAGUCCUUCAAGAGGAAGAGGGGAGAGAUUUGAGCUGUUUUGUAGCUUCUCUUGUUCAAGUGAUGCUGGACCCCUAUUUUAGGACAAUUACUGGAUUUCAGAGUCUGAUACAGAAGGAGUGGGUCAUGGCAGGAUACCCGUUCCUAGACAGAUGCAACCAUUUAAAAAGAUCGGAAAAAGAGUCUCCCUUAUUUCUGCUCUUCUUGGAUGCCACGUGGCAGCUGUUGGAACAGUAUCCAGCAGCUUUUGAGUUUUCCGAAACCUACCUGGCAGUACUACACGACAGCACUCGGGUCUCACUGUUCGGCACCUUUCUGUUCAACUCUCCUCAUCAGCGAGUGAAGCAGAGCACAGAAUUUGCUAUAAGCAAAAAUAUCCAAUUGGGUGAUGAGAAGGGCUUAAAAUUCCCCUCUGUUUGGGACUGGUCUCUCCAGUUUACAGCAAAGGAUCGCACCCUUUUUCAUAACCCCUUCUACAUCGGAAAGAGCACACCUUGUGUCCAGAAUGGCAAUGUGAGGUCUUUUAAACGGACAAAGGGAAGCCCCAGAAAAGUAAUGCCGAAAUCUCUCUUCUGUCCAGAAAAGCUACAGCUCCACACUAAGAGGAAUGCCCUCUUCCUUAAAGAAUGGUGUCAUCAGUGACCAAGAGCUACUUCCAAGGAGAAAUUCGUUAAUAUUAAAACUAAAGCCAGACCCUCUUCAGCAAACUGACAGCCCGGACAGUGACAUGGAGCACUACUUCAGAGAAUGGUUUUCCAAGCCAGCCGACCUGCACGGUGUCAUCCUGCCACAGCUCUCUGGAACACACAUAAAGCUGUGGAAACUGUGCUACUUCCGCUGGGUUCCCGAGGCGCAGAUCCACCUGGGCGGCUCCAUCACUGCCUUCCACAAGCUCUCCCUCCUGGCCGAUGAGGUUGACAUGCUCAGCAGGAUGCUGCGGCAGCAGUGGAGUGGCCCUCUGGAAGCCUGCUACGUGGAGCUGGACCAGAGCAGGAUGUACUUCAGGGCCAGUGGCCCACAUGACUCCUCGGGGACGCCGGAGUUCCUCUCCUCCUCAUUUCCUUUUUCUCCUGUAGGGAAUCUGUGCAGACGAAGCAUUUUAGGAACGCCAUUAAGCAAAUUUUUAAGUGGGGCCAAAAUAUGGUUAUCUACUGAGACAUUAGCAAAUGAAGACUAACAUCUAGUAUCUUCUGAACUUUUUAAGGGAAGCUCUAAAUUUUUUUCCUCUGAAUCAAAACUGCUAACCGAGGCAUUUAAUGCUCUAGUAACUUUAUAUGUAAGAAUAAUAGUUGACAUUUGCACUAAUAUUUAAAAACAUGUCGAAUCAUGCUUCCUUCACUGUUAUUUUAAAAGAGAGAUGUAUUUUUUGCAUAUGUCCUCUUCUGUCAUUAUAGGUCUGACUCAUUUUUAGAU